CGUGUAAGCUCCGGACUUCCUGUUUAGUUCCCCCGCUGUUGACUGGUGGAAAGGGAUGAGGUCCUCGGAAAAUACCAAAACAACGCAGUGAAACCGGAAUAAAAGUUCACCCACAAUGAGCUGGAUUCCCUUCAAGAGCGGGCAACCAAAGAAGCAGAUUGUCUCUAAAACUGUGGAAAGAGACUUUGAGCGUGAAUAUGACAAACUCCAAAAGCUGGAGGAUCAGACGAAAAAGCUUCACAAGGACAUGAAGAAAAGCACUGAGGCUGAUUUAGCCAUGUCCAAAGCUGCUGUGAAGAUCUCUGCAGACCUGCUGAGUAACCCUCUGUGUGAGCAGGACCAGGCCUUCCUGGAGUCAAUGAUGGCUCUCGAUACAGCCAUGAAGAGGAUGGACGCUUUCAACCAGGAGAAGGUUAACCAGAUCCAGAAGACUGUCAUUGACCCUCUGAAAAAGUACGGCGGAGUCUUCCCCAGCCUCAACAUGGCAGUGAAACGUCGUGAACAAGCUCUGCAGGAUUAUAAACGGCUGCAGGCUAAGGUGGAGAAGUAUGAAGAGAAAGAAAAAACCGGGCCUGCCAUGGUCAAACUACACCAGGCCAGAGAGGAGCUCCGACCUGUGAGGGAAGACUUUGAAGCCAAAAACAAGCAGCUGCUGGACGAGAUGCCCAAGUUCUACCACAGCCGCAUUGAUUACUUCCAGCCCAGCUUUGAAGCUCUCAUACGCGCACAGGUGGUCUAUUUCACCGAAAUGCACAAGAUCUUCAGUGAGUUAACAGACCAAAUCGACCAGGCAGGGCUGACUGACGAGCAGAGAGAGAGGGAGACCGAGGCCAAGCUCAGUGAGCUGCGUGCUCUCUCCAUUGUCGCCGACGACUGAGGGAGGGAAGCCAAACACAAAAAAACAAACCGGGAUGGGCUCGUUUCAUGCUGCUCUGAAUGGACUGCACCCUUUUUCAGGCUCUUCCUCGCAGUUUCAGACGGACAGCAGUGGCCUUAACCUGAUUAUCAGUUUGUGACCACAUCAUCCCCCCCCCCGUUUUCUCUUGCACUACACUCCCUUGUUUCAUUCUCCCAACAAAGCAUGCCACACUAACUAAGCCAUCGGCCGUUAUAAGCCAAUAUUGUAGAGAAUCAAACAUCUCUCUUAUCGUCUGAACUCAUUUACAGGGUCACAUCUCGUGUUUCCUUAUGUCUUUGUUUCUAGCAUCUGUUACGCUUUAAAAUCACAGACUGAAUGUUUUGUAAGGUACAAACAAAUGAUAUCUAUAUUUUGACCUUUGCUGGUCAUGUACUAGGGUCGAAACCCCUGUGCCACUAAGUGUGAGGACUCCCAAUGGUUACUUACAGGAAGAUACUGGAAACGUCUCCUGUGCGUUAUGUGUCUGCAUCGUCCCCACUGUGGUUGUAACACAUGAACCCUAACUUAUGAAGUGCAAUUGUCCCCCGUGCAGCUGUGGUGAAAGAUCGAGCUCUCCGGGCUGCAGAGAGAGACGCCGUUUUAAAGUCAAAUCACUGUCCAAAAACAAAGGCUGGUGCUCCCUCCAGUGGAGAACACUGAUCAUGACACCAUUUCUUUCCAUUCAAACCCUCCAUCCUUUGUUCUAUUGUUGGUGCUUCUGUUCAUCAGCUCCUCCCGUCUCUGUGACCUGUGCACCAGCACGUGAGCACACUGCUCCUGGUUUUUCUUUAUUUUUGGACCAAAACAAAUUGUCCGUACACUCCUUUUGUUUCCACCUCAAUCAGAGUACAACAUCACCAUGCUCUGGUUCAUGGAACGACAUGGUCAUAUACACACACACACACACACAGAUAGUUCCCCAUCAUGUAAUUGUUUUUGACUUAGUGUCAUUACACGUUUUUAUUUACUCUUUGACAAUCUCCAUUUUAAAAUUUGAUUGACGCAAAUGAAUGAAUCGAUUUCCUUGUUUUUAUAUCGUGUAACAUGCAAGUGUUAUAAUAACAUGUAUUAAUGAAGAGUUUGUUUUUUCUAAAUAAUGCAUAAUCAUUGAAGGAAAAGAUUUUUUUUUU